CGGACUCCUAGAGCAAAGUCAAAGUCUUUUUUUUUUUAAUUUUCGUUUGCCUUUUAGUUUAAUUAUUUAUUGUUUUGCUUUAUUUUUCCUUGUCUAUGGAGAGGAAAGAAAGAUAAUUUGUUUUGAUACUACAGUUUUUCUGUGUUUUCUCCAUGAGAGUGUUAAGAUGUGCUGUUUGCUUUUUUUGUUUUUAUUGGUUGGUGUGUUUUGUUUUGAUUUUUUAGGUUCCAUUGCUGAUUGAGGAGGAAGUUAUGCCUUGAUAGACUUGUUUCUGGAGGGUUCAACUAUGGUUGCUGGAGGAGGAACCUCGACAUCUCGAGACUGCAUCGAUGCAUCUGAUAGUUCACGCUUCUUUCAGUCUUUUUCGAAUGCUCUCUGAGUUGCUAUUGUCAACGGUUCUUCUGUUCAUGCUAGUGGCCCUUGUCCUCUUGCAUGUCCACUUUGUGGCGUUUUUUUUUUUUUUAUUUGCUGUUCUAAUGUUCUUUUGUGCCGCUUAUUUUUAAAUCGGUGCUGCUCGGUUUGACGUCGGUCGUUGGCGAAGCGCAGUUGAUUGUUUGACAUUUCGUUUUUUGUGUUUUAGUUGUUUUCCGUGUUUACAUGUGUUGAGUUGGGGUGAUUCAAUUUGUUUGUUGGUUUGAUUUUUUUUAAUAGAUUUUCACUUUUAUUUUUCUUUGAGUUGUUAGGUUUAGUUUUGGUUCAUUUUGAAUUGGGCUAUUAGUGUUUAUUUUGAAUUGGGCAAUUAGUGUAUUUGUCUACCCUCCUUAGAUGUAGUCCUAUAAACCUGAUGAAAUGCAAUAUAUUAUGCAAAAGCUGAAAUUUUUUCAAGUGGAAUAUCUAAUAACUCAGAAGCAACUUGAUUCAUUAACCGGCCUAGCUUUAAAAGAGAACUUUUAACAGUGUUUGUAUAUGGAUUGUUCUGAAUCUCAAUGGUCAACCAGUUACACAACUAGACAUGCAGAAUGAGUUUCUGCUAUGAUCAAGAAGAUCCCAACUGUUUCUUCUUCGCACUAUUGUGACUGGCAAGGCAUACAUAAUUCAUGACCCUCACAUAUUUCAUAACUAUGUGCAUGAUUUUUAUUUAUAUUGAGUAGCAGAAAUCAAACACCAAAGAAAGCACUCUCCUCUUGCUCCAAAAAAUGAAGACAUUUCUCAGUCUUCUCUGCUUUCUCUUUUUCAUCCCACUAUCCUUAAUCUUCCCUUCUACCACUUUUGGGUUGCAAGAAUCCCAAGAAUACUUUGAAAUCACUCCUCCUCUACCAUCAGAUCAUUUGGCUCCAUCAUGCAUCAACUCAAUCAUCAACCACACCUUCACAAACACCGCUAACUUUCUCUUUUCCACCCCUUAUUCUCCCCCUUCUGAUUGCUCAUCUCCAUGGAGCCAUGUUGUGCUCAAUUUCCAAGCUGAAUGCAGCAAUGAAACUUCCUACAGCAUAUCUGGUUUAUGGCUUGGUGGCGUAGAGCUGCUUCGCACUAGCACGCCCAAACUGAGCACCAACAGAUCAAGCAACUUGUGGAGAUUCAAAAAGGACAUCUCUAGGUACUCCUCUCUUCUUGCAAAAACAAAUCUUAACCUCACAAUGAUGCUUCAAAGUGUUGGUAAUGAUGUCUCUGCUGGGGUUUACAAUGUUAGUGUCACUCUCUUCUUCUAUGGUGGGGCUAAUGUGGUAGAAGAUCAGUUGAGUUUCUAUGAUACACCUGCUGAUUUAAUUGUUCCAAUAUCUGAUGAUGGGGAAACUGGGUUUUGGUUCGAAAUAAAAAAUGAGUUAGAUCUGCCUUCGAAGCAGAUCGUAGUCCCACAAAACACUCGCCGGGCUGUUCUUGAAGUUUAUGUUUCAUUUCAUGGAAAUGAUGAGUCUUGGUACUCAAAUCCAUCAAGUUCAUACAUGAGAAUGAAUAAUAUCUCUUUACUAGGCAAUGGUGCUUGUAGAGAGGUACUUGUGACAAUAGAUGGAGCUACUGUGGGCUCAGAGUUGCCAUUUCCAGUUAUCUUCUUGACUGCUAGGAUCAACUCUUUGUUUUGGAAACCAGUUGUUGCCAUUGGGGCUUUCAAUCUCCCUUCUUAUGAUUUUGAGGUGACACCUUUCUUAGAGAAGAUUUUGGAUGGUGAGGUUCAUGAAUUUGGAGUUGGAAUAGGCGACGCGAUUCCAUAUUGGUUUGUUGAUGCAAAUUUGCAUAUCUGGCUAGACAAAGGCUCAUCUUCUGUCACAGCAGGAACUGUGAUUGCUCAUAAUCCUUCUCUUGCAUUACAAGGCCAGGAACAAUUUAAGCGGCUUGAUGGGUCAUUUGAGACUAAAGGAAAGGGAAGGAGUGAAUCCAAGGGAUGGGUCAUCUCAAGUUCAGGGAACCUGACAACUCUUACAAUGCAGGAGUUCAGGUUCCGGAGCUUUAUACAAUUUGAAAACAAUGCAACUUACAGAUUUGUUAAAAUGAAAAUCAAGGUACACAAGGAAGUUCAGGUUUUCAAUGAGAGGAGAGAGUUGCUUAAACGUGUUAUUGUUACAAGGAAAUACCCUUUAAGAAUUAUCACUUCAGUUUUAUCAGGGAAAUUUGUGUCAAAUAUCUCUCAUGCUUUUGAGGAGACAUGGUCUAAUGGAAAUAACUUGUCAAGGACUACUGAUAAUCUCCAGAAUUGGAAUGGAUGGAUUCCGAUUUCAGAGCAGCAGCAGCCUAGUCUUUCUGGUGAUUCAAACGCUGAUCAGAGGUUGGUUUACAAGGAUGAGUCCAUCUGCUACUCCAGGAUUGUUGCAGUUGCCAAUGGCAGACUCUUUGCAGAUGAUUUAAGAUAUGGCUGCAUCUCCAGUUCUUAAACCUUUAAUUACCUUUAUCAUUUUAGCUAUAAUUAGUGUGCAUUCACAUGAGGAUUUGCUUCUUGUGUACAUCACUUGAAUUUGAUCUCUUAAUUUCUUGCUUGGUUAAUAAAGUUGGAGGAGAGACUUAGAACUUAUGAUCAUGACCAAGUUGAGAAAUUUGAUCAAUGAUGAUAAUUACAGUAAGAUCUAAAUAUAAGUAAAAGAUACUAUCUAUAAAAAUACAUUAGUGGCUUUUUAUUGACCAAAUAUAUAAAGAAUUUUUUUA